AUGAGGCAGCUGCCGGAAGAGGUGCAAAAUGUUCUACGGAAAUUCUCGAUAGAUCUACAGAAGUUGGAGGAUAUCAGCGGUAAAAUCGAGCAACAGAUGCGGGAAGGCUUGGCUGGAAAGGGCAAUUCAUCAAUUGCCAUGUUACCGUCGUUUGUCCCGGCUCUACCCGAUGGUACAGAAGUUGGGAAAUACGUAGCUAUCGAUUUGUCGGGGAAAAACUUGAGGAUAAUGUUGCUGACAUUGAAUGGAGCGGGGAAAGAUCCGAAUGCCGUCAACAACAAUUAUAUUAUGCCAAAUCAUGUGAUGAAAGGCACCGGUGAUCAGCUUUUCACAUUCAUCGUCAAUUGUCUUCAACGUUUCCUCCAAGAGUUUGGCCUUGUUGACGCGAAUUUGCCGAUUGGUUUUGUUUUCUCCUAUCCAUGUGAGCUUCUCUCAAUCAGAUCGGCUCGUUUAUUAUGGUGGACAAAGGGUUUCGAUAUUAAGGAUUGUCUGCAAAAAGAUGUUGUUGCUCUGUUGGAAGAGGCUUUGGAAAUGAAUAUGUCAACGAAAGCACAAAUCAAAGCGGUGAUGAAUGAUACUGUGGGACAAUUGGCUGCAGCCGCUCACAAAUAUGGACCCGAAUGUACAAUUGGAGUCGUUAUUGGUUACGGUUGUAACUCUUCUUAUCUUGAAAAGACGUCAAACAUUGGAAAAUUCGAUGCAACCGCCAGUGGGUAUCCGCACCAAAACAUGGUAGUUGUGACAGAAUGGGAAGAAUUCGGAUCAAAUGGAGAACUCCAAGACAUUUUGACGCAAUUCGAUCUCGAGAUCGACGAGGCUUCGGUGCAUCGAGGAAAACAAAUAAUUGACAAAUUGACGGGUGCUCUGUAUUUGGGUGAAUUGGUGCGAAGGGUUCUUUCACAAUUGUGUUUGGAUGGACAUCUCUUCGAUGCACAACAAUGUGAACGACUCGAGCUUGUCGACUCGUUUCCAACAAAAUACAUCUUGGAAAUUCUUGGAGAGGAAGAGGGAAGUUAUCGAGUCUGUCGCCGUGUCUGUGAUGAAUUAGAAGUGCCAUCGCAUGGAUCGGGUGACUAUGCAAUUAUUCGAGAAGUCGCUCAAGCUGUUAGUCAGCGAAGCGCCGCCAUCGUUGCUUCGGCUAUCUCCGCAUUGCUUCGUAUGGUGAAUGCUCAACAAGUGCAAAUUGGCGUUGGCGGUGCUCUCAUUCAGUUCCAUCCAACUUAUCACGCUCAGCUCGAGGAAUGUCUCCAAGCAUUGGCUCCGAAAAGUUGCGAGUGGAAACUCGUCGCCGCCGAUGAGGGGAGUGCCAAAGGUGCCGCAAUGAUUGCUGCCGUUGCCGAGAAAUUAAAGCUC